UUCGGUAGGUUUUGGUUGAUUUGUCUGCCCAGUGGCAUCGUCAGUAACCGAAUGAAAAAAUAUCUUCAAGAAUAGAAAAACAUAACAAAGUAUUUGUGUAGGAACCACACUAACGAAAUUGUGCAAUCAAUUGGUAGAUCAGCUGUGAAUGAAUCGUAGUUUGACACAGUUUUGUGCGACGUAGCGCCAUCGCUGUCAUUUACGUUUUCUACGAAAAACUCGUUAGUCUCGCAUUCCCAUGACUAACCUCAUUCUAACUCCGUGAAUAUUGACAAUAUUGACAUUAUUAAUUGCUCACAAAAUUGAUCCCAAAUGUCGACUAAAAAGAAGAGUAAAGGGAAAAUGCAUGAGAGGAGGAAGCGACAAGUUGUGGGAAAAGAGGAAAGGUAUCGGCAGCAGAGGGAUAUGUCUGAUCAAGAUGAAGAGGUUGAAGAAGAGAAAGAGGAGUCACCAGUUUCUUUCCCAGUUGCCAUGUGGGACCUUGAGCAUUGUGAUCCAAAAAAAUGCUCUGGAAGAAAAUUAUCUAGGCAUGGACUCAUCAAAACAUUGAGAUUAAACACAAGGUUUUCAGGACUAGUGCUUACACCCGUUGGGAAUAAGUGUGUUGCACCAACGGAUCGUGAAAUAGUUCAAGAACAUGGUUGUGCUGUUGUCGACUGCAGUUGGGCAAAACUCGAAGACACACCAUUCAGCAGAAUGCGAAGUCCAAAUCCACGUCUUCUUCCAUUUCUUGUUGCUGCUAAUCCCAUAAAUUAUGGGAAGCCUUGCCAAUUAAGCUGCGUUGAAGCUAUUGCUGCUAUGAUGAUUAUAACUGGAUUUCCAGAUGAGGCGAAUUUUUAUCUAGGAAAAUUUUCUUGGGGUCACUCAUUUUUGGAGCUGAAUUCAGAGUUGCUUACUGCUUAUGCUGCAUGCUCCAAUAGUGAAGAAAUUAUUCAGGCUCAAGACAAAUUCUUGGCGAAUGCUAGGCAAGAGAGAAUCGAGAAGCAAGGUAUAGGUCUUCACUUUAAUUUUUUAUUCUUGAUUUCUUUUUUAAAUUGAAUAUGUCAAAAAUAG